UCGUCCGUCUCACCGUUACCAACUUCCGUGGAUCAGCAACAAUGCGCAUGAGCGGUCCGGUACAGGACACGUCGCGGCUCGCCGAUCGUUUCUUAAAUGAUCAUAUCGCUUCGCAAGAUGCCCACGGUCGCCGGUAGUUGGUUGCGAUGCUGCACCAAAUCCAUUUGUUCCGUCCUUUCCCCACUCUCGAUGGGACGACGAGAAGAUGUAACGCAAGCAGGAGGCCAUCUGCUGCCACGGCCUUUUCGCAUUCCCCACGAGCAGAGCUUCCUUCCAGAACUCGAAGGAUCAUGGAAAGGAUUUCUUCAAGUAAUGAAGUUGGUGGUGCUGGAGGGGCUUACUCCUAUGAUGCUUUGAAGAGAUUAGAUCUAGUAUGGUCUAAUAUCUGUUCAGAAUCACUAGAAGCAGAAAAGGUUCCUGAAGUUGUUUCCCGAGUUCCUGGUUCAUCUAAGAUAUCAGAACUGGAGGAAAAAGCUGGAUGUUCCUUUGAUGUUUUAGUCUGUGGUGGUACACUAGGGAUAUUUAUUGCUACAGCACUUGUUACCAGAGGUCUCCAUGUUGCAAUAAUUGAGAGAAACCUGAUCAAAGGGAGAGAACAGGAGUGGAAUAUUUCAAGAAAAGAGCUCCUAGAACUUGUAGAAGUUGGCAUUCUCACAAAAGAAGAAAUUGAACAUAUUAUUGCUGUCAAAUUUAAUCCAAACAGAUGUGGUUUCGAGAAGAAAGGUGACAUUUGGGUUGAGGAUGUUCUUAAUCUUGGAGUUUCGCCAGCUAAUCUUGUGGAGACUGUGAAGAGACGCUUUAUUUCCUUAGGUGGAAAAGUUUUUGAAGCCAAAGUUGUCUCUAGCAUACACAUCUAUGAUGAUGCUGCCAUUGUGCAACUGACAAAUGGUGAAAUUUUGUCAUCUCAUCUUAUUAUUGAUUCAAUGGGCAAUUUUUCUCCAAUAGUGAAACAGAUAAGAUCUUGCAGAAAGCCAGAUGGUGUAUGUCUUGUAGUUGGUUCUUGCUCACGUGGUUUCAGUGAGAACACAUCAAGUGAUAUCAUUUUUAGCAGCUCAUCUGUGAAGAAGGUUCAAGAGACCCCGCUGCAAUACUUUUGGGAGGCUUUUCCUGCCGGCACUGGUCCUACAGACCGGACUACUUAUAUGUUCACUUAUGUUGAAGCAAAACCUGGGUCCCCGAAAUUGGAACACCUUUUAGAGGACUAUUGGGAUCUUUUGCCUUCUUAUCAGGGUGUACCUCUUGAGGAAUUGGAAAUACUAAGAGUAAUAUUUGGGAUCUUCCCUACUUAUCGUGACAGCCCUCUGCCUGCAGCUUUUGAUCGCAUCUUACAGGUUGGUGAUGCCAGUGGUAUUCAAUCACCAGUAUCUUUUGGUGGUUUUGGGAGUAUGACUAGACACCUAAACCGGUUGUCAACUGGUAUAUAUGAAGCAGUAAAGGGAAACUUUAUUGAUGCAUAUAGUUUGAGCUUGAUAAACCCUUACAUGCCCAACUUAAGUGCAUCAUGGUUAUUUCAACGAGCAAUGUCAGCAAGGGUGCAUACUGAGGUUUCAUCAACUUUUAUUAAUGAACUUUUAUAUUUCAAUUUCCAAGCUAUGCAGAAGCUUGGGAAUACUGUGAUUAGGCCUUUCCUACAGGAUGUGAUACAAUUUGAACCCCUUGUAAGGACCUUGGUUUCUGUGAUGAUAAACCAACCUCAGAUCUUGCCAUCAAUAUUUAAGCAGGUCGGAUUACAUGUGAUACUUGACUGGUCCGUCCAUUUUGUUAUGCUCGGCUACUACACAUUUCUUUCAAGCUACAUCGAUCCUGCUGUAAGGCCAUGGAUUAAUUACCUUCCUGAAAGGAAGAAAUACGAAUGGACUCGACAUCUAGAAGCGUGGAAAUAUGGAUCUGGUUUAGACUACAAACAGUGAGUCUUGGCAUCUCACAUUGAUAAGAAUCAAGAGGAUUGGGCUCAUCUGUUGAGGUCAACAACAAAUCUCGUGUUAAGGCUUUAUCUCAACCAUUUGGAUGAUUUGGUGGACUUGCACACAAUUUCGUUCUCUGCCUGCUUUCCUCAGCACCCAACAACAUUACGAAGCUAUUGAGUCUUGAGUAGUCAGCACCAGAAACAAGCUUUGAAGCUUAAGCAGAAGCUAUCUGGCCCUUUGGUUUCAGUAAAAUUAUUGACCCGUAGCAAGUAGCUAUUUUUUUGGAGAAAAAAAAAGAAUGGACAAGUCAAAGUGUGCAAGAGAAAACAAUUUGAUUGAUAUACCUAUACCUAAUGAGCAGCAAUUAGAUUGCUUUGACCAUUUUGAUCGCUUUAACCAUAUAGUAAAAAGACUAUGUAGCAAUUUAUGAUUGCAAAUGAUAUGGUUAAUUAGGUUGGCUUCUA